AUGUCUUCGCCUCCCGAGGGGAAGCUGGAGACGAAAGCUGGACACCCGCCCGCCGUGAAAGCUGGUGGGAUGCGAAUUGUGCAGAAACACCCGCAUUCUGGAGACACCAAAGAAGAGAAGGACAAGGACGACCAGGAGUGGGAGAGCCCCAGUCCACCCAAGCCGACCGUGUUUAUCUCCGGAGUCAUUGCCCGGGGCGACAAGGACUUCCCCCCAGCGGCCGCCCAGGUGGCCCACCAGAAGCCCCACGCCUCCAUAGACAGACACCCCUCCCCGAGGACCCAGCAUAUCCAGCAGCCUCGCAAGUGA